AUGUCUGACUUCCUCAAGUUGUUUCUUCCAACCGAUCUCGGGGGCGAAAGGAGGAAUAAUGGCCGUUACGAGCAGUUCAAAUACCACUACUGGGGUUAUUCAAAAGUUCCAGCAAAUAUCAGUGAAGCCAUGCCAUUGGAGGCCAGUAUUCCGUCCGCUCAUCGUCAGAAUAUCACCGGAAUUUCACACCGACCUCUGCGCCCGAGACGAUUGUGCUUGCUGCAAGACGACGGAAUCGAGAUUGUAAACGUUGAGGAAUGGGAGACUUUGCACGAAAGUCUCGAGUACUUGUUCAUAUGCUAUAUCGCCAAUCAAUUUGGUACAAAUGAAGAGAAAGAUGAACUUCAUCGCAUUGCCGAGGCUGCAGCACGAAGAGCUGGAGUUGACGCUUAUUGGGUUGGAUGCAGCUGCAUGCCUGAAGAUGAAGAGCUUGUCGAAGAUGUCUACCGCAUCAGUGACGUUGUUCGGGGGGGCACAUGCCCUAGUGGUGAUCAUCGGUCCUUCCCGUACUUCAGGACCAGAUACGAGGCAAAUGCUCCGUGA